CACAGUGUCAGAAAUAGAGCUGAGUUUUAAAGGCAGGUGCUUACAAAGGGUCUACAUGAAAUCCUGGGAGGUGUGCUAAUAUAUCACCCUGAGAGAGGAUACAGAUUGAUUGACUAACAUCAGAAAGGAAAACAAGAAAAGAAGUGAUCGAGAUGUAUGCUGAAAUGACCUAUCUUGUCACGGUGUGCCCCUGAACCGAUCUUAAAACCCUACUCUAACUGUGCUAGGAUGUAAGAUCAAUGGACUGAGACUGGAGAGACUUUUAAGAAACACUGCAGCCACACCACAAAAGAGACAGGAUGAUUUUGAAACACUUAUGUGACUACUUCACAAGAUUGGAAAUGAAAGAACAAAGUGCACUUCAUCUUUAAGCAACUUUAUUUUGCUAAAUUUAACAAACCCUGGGUUCUCCUAUCACAUAAACUUGAGAGAUAAAUGAGAGGCUUGUAUUAAAAAACGGACUGAAGGGUCCAGCUCACACUGAAUCUACAUCAAAUUAAAUCAGUUUGAUUAUGAAAAUGGGACACAUUACAAUGUUUCUUCUGCAUAUGCUUCUGCUGAUUGGAGUUGCAAGCUCUCUGGUUAUUCAAUCCAUGCCUUGGAGGGUACCCUGCCCUCUCCAGUGUGUCUGCCAAAUCAAGCCUUGGUACUCUCCCCAAUCUGUGUACAGAGAGGCUCCUACAGUAGACUGCAAUGACCUGCUACUUAUCCAGCUGCCCACUUCCCUCCCUCCAGAGACACACACCCUCCGGAUGCAAAGUAACCUCAUCAGUUCUGUGGACCAGAGUGAACUCCAGGGCCUUGUCAAUCUGACAGAGUUGGAUCUCUCACAUAACAGCUUUACCAGUACUCGAAACCUGCGGAUAACUGACAUGCCAGAUCUUCUCAGCCUACACAUGGAGGAAAACCAGCUGAGACACCUUCCUGAAGCAGCGUUCUUUGGUCUUCCUAGCCUGCAGGAGUUGUACCUCAAUCACAACAGGCUACGGAGCAUCUCCCCAGGGGCCUUCAAGGGCCUGGAUAAACUGUUAAGGCUUCAUCUCAACUCUAACCGCCUGGUUGUAAUCGACAGGCGUUGGUUCCAUGCUUUGCCACAACUGGAAGUGCUCAUGAUUGGUGGAAACCCUGUGGACACUAUCCAGGACCUAAAUUUUAAACCGCUGGGCUCCUUGCGCAGUCUGGUCCUAGCAGGCAUGGGCUUACGUGAGAUCUCAGAGCGAGCGCUGGAGGGGCUUCAAAACCUGGAGAGCAUCAGCUUUUAUGAUAACCACCUAAUAAAAGUACCAAAAGAGGCAUUGCAAAAACUACCAGGUCUUAAAUUCCUCGACUUAAACAAGAACCCCAUUCAGCUACUGCAGAGGGGAGACUUCAGAAAUAUGCUACAUUUGAAGGAACUUGGCUUAAACAACAUGGAGGAGCUGAUCUCUAUUGACCAUUCUGCAAUGGAAAACCUGCCUGAACUGACCAAACUGGAGAUCACAAACAAUCCUCGGCUGUCAUUUAUUCACCCUCAAGCCUUCCAAAAAUUGUCAAGUAUGGAAAGUCUAAUGCUCAAUAGUAAUGCAUUGAGUGCCCUGCAUCAACAGACAGUCAGGUCACUGCCCAGCCUUCAAGAAAUUAGCUUGCACAGCAAUCCCAUUCACUGUGACUGCCUGAUCCGCUGGGUGGGAGCCGACAAUGACAAGCCAGUUCGUUUCAUUGAGCCUCAAUCCACAUUCUGCUCUGAGCCUCCUGAACUGAAAGCCAGGAGAGUUAAAGAAGUCUCAUUCAGAGAGAUGGCAGACAGCUGCCUGCCCUUGAUUGCCCCAAGCACAUUCCCCUCUUACAUCGAAGUCAAACACGGAGACAACAUAGCCUUGCACUGCCGAGCACUGGCAGAGCCGGUGCCAAGUAUCUACUGGGUCAAUCCUCAGGGCGUGACAUUGACUCCAUCCAGCAGCUUUGGGCGUUAUCAGGUUCUAACAGAGGGCACGUUAGAGAUUUCUGGAGUCACCGCCGAAGAAGCUGGCUUUUACACUUGUGUUGCACAGAACCUAGUGGGAGCUGACACUAGAAGCUUGACUCUACAGGUAGAGGGAGGUGGAAAGGUUCAUGUGAGUAGCCAAAAGACAGAGGAUAGCUUUGGAGUGCAGGAUGUCAAAGAAAGGUAUGCCCUAUUGACCUGGCAAGCCAGCCGUAACGUCCCUGCUGCCCAUCUCUCUUGGGUGACCAAUGGCAGUCUAGAAAAUCAUCACAAGCACAGCACUCGAAUUCUAGCUGGCACCAGGAGAUUCAACCUAACCCGUCUCCAACCAGGGACUCACUACAAAGUUUGCCUUCAUAUGGGGCCAAAUGACACCUCCUGUGUCCAGCUAAAGACCAAGGAGGUGUUUAUGCCAGAUCCAUUUCCAGACCUGGCCCCAGCAGUCCUACUGGCGGUUUCAGCUCUGCUUCUUUUAUUGGCAGCCAGAGCAUGUCACGGGGGAGGCCCUUUUAGUUGGAAAGACCACAUGCCAGAGUUUGAAAAGCCCCACACCACAAUUCUCACCCAGGAGGCCAAGGCUUUCAUGUUUCCUCCAAUACCAGCAAAGGACCUGAAUCAGCAGGACCCAGAUCAAGCCCUAUCAGACGGCAGAGGCAAAUACCUCCAAAAUACUUUGCUGGGGCAAGAUGUUCGGGGGCAAACAAAAAGGGGAUGCUGAGCAGAAUAAAGUGUUCAAGAAGAAUGUACAAAAAUCUCCAGAGUACAAUCUUUAUAAAGCUACUCACUUUACCGCUCUGACAGUCAAAACUACUGAUCUUCUGAAAAAAACACUACUAGAAAUUUGUGGCAGAUCUGCUGCACAUAAAAAGUGAUGAGUUUUAAGUAUAGUGUAAAACAUGAAAAAGAACAAAGAAAAAAAUAUUUGUAUUUAUUUUGUAAUGAAGAAGAUACAAGUACAUAUAUGUAUAUUAAAAGCAUUUGUUCAUGUAUUCACAUAUAGUAUAUCAGCAAAGGACACAAAAGCUGUGCUCCCAAUCAUAAAUAACAGUUCAUAUACAGUCUGUUAAUAUGCACCCUUCCAAUUUUAUGAGUCUGUCACAACAGGCCAAGUGGUUUUUGAAAGAUAAGAAGCACUUAUAUAUUUUUAAUACUGAAGAGACUGAUCUGACACAGGAAAGCAGGAACGCAAACAGCAAAAAAUCUCAGCAAAACAUUCACGCCUAUUAAUGUUGAACUUAAUAAGACCUCUUCUGAAGAGGACAGAGUCUUAAAUGUUGUGAAACUAAUGUUGUAUGUACUCUCUUUAAUAAUGUGUUGUUCUCUUGAGCCCCAGAGAUCACUCCAAAGUUAUAGCAAUCUAAGCAAACGGCAAAGUUUUUUAGUAAAACCUAAAGAGAAAAAACUUUUUUUUUUCCAGAAAUGGAUUGAUCUCUAUAUCUGACAGGGGCUAUAAACCUAUGACCCACUCUGCUCAGUGUAGGAUGUUUGUCUAUUUCGGUCCCCUCGAUCCUGAAAAAUCACAGACCCGUACAAAGGAAAACAACCCCAAGUGAACAGAUGUUCCAGUGUUGAUGGACAUACAGACAAGACGUGUCUGCUUCUUUGUUUAACCUGUCAAGAAGAAGAGAGAGUUCAUGGAGAAAUCAUGUGGAGCAGCCCCUUGAUGCUCUUUGGGGCGCUGGCUCUAGCCUCCAUCUCUACCAACAGAAGGCAAACAUAUGAUGACAUUCGCUUCUACAUGCACACUAUGUUUUGCACAAAGCAAGCAUGUUUGAGAUUCCAUCUCUUGCAGUACUGAUGGAAAUGACUGGUCCAGACAGACCACUAAUAGGACACGUUCAAGGAAAGAUAGUGUUAUUCUUUGUGUAAAAAAAAAAAAAAAAAAAAAAAAGAAACAUUUUUUUUUCAAAAUGGGCUUUUUCUUAAACAGUUUGUUGGGUGACUUCAAUGUACAAAGCUCUGACUAUUGGACAGCUACAUUAAUGAGAGACAUACCCAGUGAAGUAGGGGUCAGAGGGCACAAACAUGCCACUCUUUUGUCCGUGAGGGAAAGACAGCAGCAUUGGGGACUGUGAACUGUUCUCUUACAUUUCUCAAAUAUGUGGAAGUCCAUUAUUUAAAAGUCUGUCACUUUAUGGAAACUUUGGUUUGAUUCUUUUUUUUUUUUUUUUUUGUCACCACAAAUAUUGAUGUGACGUUUUGUUUCAGUGACAUACUCGCUCGCUCUCUCUCUCUAUCCAUCUAUCUAACUUGACUGUCUUGUCCUUUCAAAUGUAUUUCCUUUAGUUAAAUUUCAUUUGUUGAUCAUUGGUCUUUUCCCACCUCAAACACUGUACAUAAAUCAAUCUGACUUUCCUAUUCAACAUACCAUUUUCUGAAAUAAUUUAGAUUACUUUGUGUUAAAUUCUAUUUUGAGCUAUUAUUAAAACAUUUUG